AUGGGAGGAGAGGGCAUUGGAGGAGAGAGCAUUGAAGGAGAAGUGAAGAUACUGUAUGACAGCACAGGCCAGAAACCAUUUGUUUGUGAAUAUGAGGGUUGCAGUAAAGGCUUUUCCAGAAAAGAUCACCUUACAAGACAUCUUCAAAGCCAUAGUGGAGAAAAAAGAUUCAAAUGCACAAAAGAAGGGUGCACUGAAACUUUUGUUUCAAAGGUCAAUUUGAACAAACAUAUUGGACGAAAGCAUGAAAAUGGAGGAAGGAUUUACUUGUGUGAGUUUGAAGAAUGUGGCAGAUCAUUUAAGAAACAUCAACACCUCAAGGUACAUCAGUACGAGCACACAAAUGUUCCUCCAUUCCAGUGCAGUUAUGAGGGCUGCGAUAAACGCUUCUGUCUCCCAAGCAAACUGAAACGUCACGAGAAGGUUCAUGUGGGUUAUGGAUGUAAAGUGGAAGAUUGUCCAUUUGUUGGCAAAACCUGGACAGAUAUACGAAAGCAUAAACAGGAGCAACAUCAAGAAGACAUUGUUUGUAACCAAUGCAAUAAGAAUUUUAAGCGGAGAAGCUUUCUUAAGGAGCAUCUAAAAACUCACAGUCUGGAAAGGACGGUCUUCCGAUGUCCAAGAGACAGCUGCACAAGAACUUACACAACUUCGUUCAAUCUGCAAAGCCACAUCCUCUCCCACCAUGAGAGACGAAAACCCUUUGCAUGUCAACAUCCUGGCUGUUCAAAGAGCUUUGCAAUGAAACAAAGCCUGGAACGCCAUACUGUUACUCACGAUCCUGAAAAACCGAAAUUGAAGGAAAAACGAUCUCGUCCUAAACGAAGCCUUGCCUCUCGUCUUUCUGGAUAUCUUCCUCCCAAGAAGCAGUUGGCCACUGAGUCCAGGGCUCUGAUUGAAAUGCUCGAGAAAUCCAAAAUAUUAUCGGAAGCAAACAUGAAAACUGCAGUGACUGAGACAAUAUUGACCGAUUAAAACCAGCGCCUUGGGACGUUUCCUGAUGGGAAAGGCGCUAUACAAAUGUAAUUUGAUGUUGUUGAAAACAAUAGUUGGGCUUCACAUUGCUAGUGGUAUUCAGAAGUUAUUUGUUAAAUUAUUUCAAAAAGACAAAGCUUUGACAAUUUAUUUUUGAAAUAAAACAUUUACUUUACAA